AUGGCUCGUGCUUUACUUUCUGCUAUUGUGGAGCAGCUUGGUCCUUUCAUUUCUUCAGAGUUCACCUUGACUGCAACUGUUAAACAAGAAGUCCAAAAGCUUGAAACCAAAUUCCGUACCAUCCAGGCAGUGCUCAACGAUGCUGAGAAGAGGCAGCUGAAGGAGGAAGCUGUGAAGCUUUGGUUAGAUAAGCUCAAAGGCGUAUCCUACGAGAUGGACGACUUGUUGGAUGAGUGGAACACUGCCAUGAUCAAAGAAGAGAUUGAGAAACAACAAAAAGAAGAUGAAAACGCUGAAACUAGCACUACUAAGAAGAGGAAGGUAUGGUCCCUCAUCUCAGUUCCUAAUAUUUUUCAGCAUCGUGAUAUUGCUCAUAAGAUAAAAGAACUUAACGAAAAAUUAGAUGAGAUUAACAAAGAGAGGGAGGUGUAUGGGUUUGAAUUGAGUCGGGCCAUUGAAGAAGUAGCUGAGAGACCAAAAACUACUUCUUAUGUUGAUGUGCCUGAUAUUCUUGGCCGUGAUAAGGUUAAGGAUGAUCUAGUGAGCAUCCUAUUGGGCAAGGGCACUGAAAAAGAAAAACUCCCCCGUGUCAUCUCUUUGGUGGGCAUGGGUGGUAUUGGAAAAACGACACUUGCCCAACUAGCCUUCAAUCAUCAUGAGGUGAAAGAUCAGUUUGAAAAAAGAAUUUGGGUUUGUGUUUCUAAACCUUUUGAUCAAUGUAGGGUUGCCAAAGCAAUCAUUGAAGCUCUUGCAGGUGGUGACCCCAAAAUUACUGAAUUGCAGAGUCUAUUGGAAAAAAUUUGUGAAUUAUUUGGGGGAAAGAGGUUUUUUCCUGUGUUUGAUGAUGUGUGGACUGAAGACCAUGCAAUGUGGAUGCCAUUUAGAGAUGCACUAAAAAAUUGUGGUUCUGAAAAUAGUAGAAUUCUAGUCACCACACGUAAAGACAAAGUUGCGAAAAUGAUGGAAAGUGAAAAUACGAUCAAGUUGGAGGAAUUGUCUGAGGAAGACUGUUGGUCAGUGUUUAGUAAAAUAGCAUUUUCUGAUAAGGAUCCUAAGCAAUGUGAGCAACUAGAAGACCUGGGAAGGCAAAUAUCAAAGAAGUGCAAAGGCUUGCCCCUUGCUGCAAAGACUCUAGGGAGUCUCAUGCACUUAAAGAAAAGUAGAGAAGAAUGGAAGAACGUUUUGGAUAGCAAUUUGUGGGAAUUAGAAGAUGUUGAAAGAGGUCUUUUUGCGUCAUUGUUACUAAGUUAUUAUGAUUUGUCCUCCCCACUGAAACGAUGUUUCUCAUAUUGUGCUGUCUUUCCGAAAGAUCAUGUCUUUAAUGUUGAUGAGUUGGUAUCUAUGUGGAUAGCACAUGGAUUUGUCGAGUCAAAGGGCAAUAUGGAGAAGGAAAUCAUGGCAAGAGAAUACUUUGAAAAUUUAGUCAUUCGCUCUUUCUUCCAAGAAUCCUGGGAAUUUAUUGACAUAAGGUACAAAAUGCAUGAUAUAGUGCAUGACUUUGCACAGUCAAUUACUAAGAAUGAAUGCUUUAUAAUCAGUAGUGACAUAGAGUCAGAAUUAGAUUAUAAUAAUACUCGCCAUUUGAGAUUAGAAAUUUUAAAAAAAUCCCGAUUUCCUUUGUCCAUUGAUAAUGCCAAAAAUCUACGCACCCUUAUCUUUUUUAAUCAAAGUGGUUAUAACAUAUCCAAUUUAUUCCAGAAUUUUAGACUUUUACGGGUAUUAACUUUGGAGUAUAGAAUGGAACUUCUGCAUAUACUGGAAAAUUUAAUACAUUUAAGGUAUCUCGAUUUGUUUCUGUGGAAUGAGGUAUUGCCUGAAACCAUUUGUAAUCUAUGCAAUUUACAAUAUUUGAAGAUUACUCAGUCUUCUCAUUUUGUGUUCACAAAAUUACCGCAAGGGAUAGGUAAAUUAAUUAACUUAAGACAUCUUAUUGGAUAUGAGUUAGUGAUUCCAAGAGGGUUUGGAAGAUUGAUUUCUCUUAGAACAUUAAAAUGUUUCAACAUAAGUGAUGAGGAUAGCGAAGGAUGUAAACUCGAAGAAUUAAAAAAUUUGAACCACCUGCAAGGGAGUUUUCAAAUAUGUGGGUUGGGGAACAUAGUAAAUGUAAGUGAGGUUGAGAAUGCACAACUUAAGAAGAAGAUACACCUUCGUGAAAUGUUACUAUCUUUCAGGAAAGGGAAUAAUAGAGAAGUUAUGAUUAUGAAUUGGGCUCCGAAUGCCUUCGACCCCAAUGAUAGAAGAAUGGAGAGGGAUGUAUUAGUUUUAAAUGCCUUAGAGCUACCUCCAGACUUGGAGCGGUUACACAUUCGUUGGUACCAGGGCAGUACAAUGUCUCCAAAGUGGUUGAUGUCCUUGACCAAAUUGAAAAUAGUUUCUAUCCGUGGGGCCUCAAAGUUAAUGAGUUUGCCUCAUUUGGGGAAAUUUCCGUUCCUCGAAUCAUUAACUAUAUGGAAUGUGUGUAGUUUGAAAAAAGUAGGUGUUGAAUUUUUGGGAAUAGAAUCUGAAAAUAAGAAUGAAGACAUAAUAGUAUUCCCAAAUUUGAAAUAUCUCACGUUUGGGUGGUUGGAGGAGUGGGAAGAAUGGAUUGGGGUUGGAGGUAAAGAAGACGAAGACUGUAUUACUAUAAUGCCAUGUCUUCAAGAGUUGAUAAUUCAAGGCUGCGGAAAGUUGAAGUCAAUGCCGGACUUCCUGCGUACAAUUCCAUUGAAGGAAUUGGAGAUCACUGCCUCUCCAAUUAUCAAGGAACGUUGCCAAAGAGAGACAGGAGAGGACUGGCCCAACAUUUCUCACAUCCCAAUCAUCAAUCUUGAAGAACAUUCUUAUUUCCCUAAGUUUGGGUAA